AUGUCUAGGAUGGUGGCUCUGCAGAUCCCCAGAGGCCUUUGGACAACAGCUGUGAUGGUGAUGCUGAUGGUGCUGAGCACCCCAGGGGCUGAGGGCAGAGACUCUCCACAGGAUUUCGUGUUCCAGUAUCUGGGCCUGUGUUACUUCACCAACGGCACGGAGCGGGUGCGGUCAGUGAACCGUUACAUCUAUAACCGGGAGGAGUACGUGCGCUUCGACAGCGACGUGGACGAGUACCGGGCGGUGACCGAGCUGGGCCGGCCGGAUGCCGAGUACUGGAACAGCCAGAAGGACAUCCUGGAGCGGACACGGGCCGAGCUGGACACGGUGUGCAGACACAACUACGGGGUUAUGGAGAGCUUCACGGUGCAGCGGCGAGUGGAACCUACAGUUACCAUCUCCCCAUCCAGGACAGAGGCUCUAAACCACCACAACCUGCUGGUCUGCUCGGUGGCAGAUUUCUAUCCAGGCCAGAUCAAAGUUCGGUGGUUCCGGAAUGACCAGGAGGAGACAGCUGGCGUCGUGUCCACCCCUCUUAUUAGAAAUGGGGACUGGACCUUCCAGAUGCUUGUGAUGCUGGAAAUGACUCCCCAGCAAGGAGAUGUCUACACCUGCCAUGUGGAGCACCCCAGCCUCCAGAGCCCCAUCACGGUGGAGUGGUGGGCACAGUCUGGAUCUGCCCAGAGCAAGAUGCUGAGUGGUGUUGGGGGCUUUGUGCUGGGGCUGAUCUUCCUCGGGCUGGGCCUCAUCAUCCGUCACAGGAGCCAGAAGGGGCACUGACUCCUGAGGAUGUUUUGACGGGGAUUGGUUUUUGCUCUUCUGUAAUAGCUGCCUGUUCUUGCCCAGAAUUCCCAGUUGCC